AUGGCGGCGCGGAAGGGCCGGCGGCCGGUCGAGAGUGCGCCUGCGCGCCGCGGCCCGGAGUGCAGUGAAAUUCCUGGCGGGCGGGGGGAGGAGGAGGUGGCGGCGGUGAGGAGGAGGAGGAGGAGGGCGGCACGGAGCCACGGCCGCUCGCCCCUGCCAGGGACCCUGCGUGCUGUGGCGGCGGCCGGCGCGGAGCCAGACCCCCGCGGGGCGCGGUGCGGGCAGGCUGAGGGCCACUCGCCACCGCCUCGGGCGCUCGCAGCACCAGGAGCCGCGCCGUCCCCGCCGCCGCUGGGACUCCCUCCCCGGGCAGAGAGGGGGAGAAUGACGGAGCUCCAGUCCGCCUUGCUACUGCGGAGACAACUAGCAGAGCUCAACAAAAAUCCAGUGGAAGGCUUUUCAGCGGGCUUAAUAGAUGACAAUGAUCUUUAUCGAUGGGAAGUCCUUAUUAUUGGUCCUCCAGAUACACUAUAUGAAGGUGGUGUUUUCAAGGCUCAUCUUACUUUUCCAAAAGACUAUCCACUGAGGCCGCCAAAAAUGAAAUUCAUCACAGAAAUCUGGCAUCCAAAUGUUGACAAGAAUGGUGAUGUCUGCAUUUCAAUUCUUCAUGAGCCUGGAGAAGACAAAUAUGGCUAUGAAAAACCUGAGGAACGCUGGCUUCCCAUUCACACAGUGGAAACUAUAAUGAUUAGUGUUAUUUCUAUGCUGGCAGAUCCCAAUGGUGAUUCUCCUGCUAAUGUUGAUGCAGCGAAAGAAUGGAGAGAAGACAGAAAUGGAGAAUUUAAAAGAAAAGUUGCCCGCUGUGUAAGAAAAAGCCAAGAAACUGCUUUUGAGUGACACUUAUUCAGCAGCUAGUAGCUUCACUUUUUUCAGGGUCUUCAAUUGAGAAACAUGGCACUGUUUUUUUCCUGCACUCUACCCACCUAUUGCUGGACUUCUGUUGUUACAAGUUGGCAAACACUGGCUGGAACUGGGCUGCAAUAAAACAUGCCAGUUAUCAAUGCUGACAAGAGCCUAACAAGUGCCAACACAAGAUGAUUACGCAUUUUGAAAUCUAAUGAACUGCUUUAACCUUCAGGAAGAAUUGUAAAGAUGUGUACAUAGCACAACAUGAUCCGGAUAAUAUAUAUACUGUUCAUGUACAUCCACAAAUACACAUUGUACCAAAUAAUGCUGUCUGUAGUUAGGAAUAGAAUUGUGUAAAUUCUAAAGAUUUUAGCAGGUUUUUUCUCUCCCUAUUAAUUAUUUCCUAUCAGUUUAAAAACAAAAACAAAACAACAACUUGUGAAGCAUGUCAAACUAAAACCAAUUAGGAAAAAGUUGGGUUUUGUUUUUUGUUCUCCCACCCCCCCGCUUUAAUUUUCCUUUGACCCACUGAGGCUUAAUUAAAAUCUCUUGCUUAUUAAAGUUUAGUAUCUCUCUUCUGGUUUUUGGAAAUGUGCUCCCUUUUAUUUCCCCCAUCAGAACUUGAAAUUUUCCUAAUUAAACCCUGAAAGGAUUUGCUAUCAAUUGCUUGUGUUUUCUCUUAUGAUGACCUUUGUAGUCUCAAAGGUGCUUUUUUUUUUUUUUUUUCCUUCCCACCCCUUUUUUAAACCCAAUUGCACAUACUUCUUGAAUUGGGUAUAGCAAUAAAACUGGCCAUGGAGCACCCUCGAGCAGCCUGCUGGAUUUUUAACUUCCAAGGGUUUUAAGCGCUUUCAUUUGGAAGUUCAGUUGACUAAGUUAGUCCAAGAUAGGAAUGAACUGCUUUCUGUGGGUGACUUUUUUUUUUCCUGCCUUUCUCAUUGCCUGGUUGUGGGGCGGGGUGUGUGUGUGGGAGGCUUGUUUUUUUGUUUUUUUGUUUUUUUUUUUUUUCUCAAGGUUGAGUUCAAGCAUGCACAUCUGUAGGCUUUCAAAGGACUAACUUCUGGGUUUGGUAUCAAAAAUAGUUUCCCUCCUUUUCCCUUUUCUCUUUCCUGUGGCCCUUCAUAUUCUUUGCCUUUACUUCAGAGUUUUCCUCACCUAAUGUACAAAGAAAAUUGCGAUGUAUAUUUUCAUGUAAUUUGAUUUUUGGAAUUCUGUCACCUUCUGUAGUGAGUUCUUCCAAAAUAUAAUUUUUUCCAAUAAUAAUGUGUCAAACUGGCUUCUUGAGUAUCUAAAUAGGAAGGGUAACUGCAGUUGGAGCACAACUUACCUGAACAUCUUCAGCAAUGUAACAUCAGCAAAAAUUGGUUUGAAUUUCACAUACGGUAUUUAAUCUUCAAAUAAUUAAAAGGCAAACAAAACACA